AUGACUCCCUACCGACGCCUGGGUUCUCGGGGCCUCGCCCACUCCAGCCCUGCGCCCACCUUCCAGCCUCCUGCCCCACCACCCCAGCUACUGUUCCCUCUAUCGCCUCUGGGCCCCGUCCCUGCCCGAAACGAGAUCCUGAUCAAGGUGCAGGUGUAUGUGAGCGGGGAGCUGGUGCCCUUGGCCCGGGCCUCAGUGGAUGUGUUUGGGAACCGGAUGCUGCUUGCCGCUGGCACCACGGACUCAGAGGGCGUGGCCAUACUGCCCCUCAGCUACCGUUUGGGCACCUGGGUGCUGGUCACUGCUGCUCGCCCUGGCUUUCUCACCAACUCUGUGCCCUGGCGUGUUGACAAGCUGCCCUUGUAUGCAUCAGUCAGCCUCUACCUGCUUCCCGAGCGGCCGGCCACCCUCAUCCUCUAUGAGGACCUGGUGCACAUCCUCUUGGGCUCUCCUGGUGCCCGCUCCCAGCCGUGGGUGCAGUUCCAGCGCCGGGCUGCCCGCCUGCCGGUCAGCUCUACCUACAGCCAGCUCUGGGCCUCGCUUACACCCGCCAGCACCCAGCAGGAAAUGCGUGCUUUCCCUGCCUUCCUGGGCACCGAGGCCUCCAGCUCAGGCAAUGGCUCCUGGCUGGAGCUGAUGCCGCUGGCUGCUGUCAGCGUGCACCUACUAACAGGCAACGGAACAGAAGUGCCACUCUCAGGCCCCAUUCACCUGUCCCUGCCCGUGCCCUCCGAGCCUCGUGCCCUUACUGCGGGCACCAGCAUUCCAGCCUGGAGGUUCGACCCCAAGAGUGGGCUGUGGGUACGCAACGGCACUGGUGUGAUCCGGAAGGAAGGCCGGCAGCUCUACUGGACUUUCAUUUCCCCCCAGCUGGGGUACUGGGCAGCUGCCAUGGCUUCCCCCACCACUGGACUGGUCACCAUCACAUCAGGCAUCCAGGACAUUGGCACCUACCACACCAUCUUUCUGCUCACCAUCCUGGCAGCGCUGGCCCUGCUGGUGCUCAUUCUGCUGUGUCUGCUCAUCUACUACUGCCGCGAGCUGCGGCGCGACUCGCUCACCAGCCCGGAGGACGAGCUGGGGGCGGAGGUGGGCGACGAGGCGGGCGACAAGAAGAGCCCUUGGCAGCGCCGGGAGGAGCGGCCGCUUAUGGUAUUCAACGUCAAGUAG